AUAUCAUAGAAUUGAACUCGUCAUUUACUCAAUUUUCCCCCAAAAUUCAGAGAAAUCCCAAACCCCCAUUUUCUCUCUCUAACUUUUCCGAUGGCUCUGACCAGAGAACAGUACCUGUACAUGGCGAAGCUAGCCGAGCAAGCCGAGCGCUACGAGGAGAUGGUCGACUUCAUGGACAGUCUAGUCGUCGGCUCGGCCGGCGCCGAGCUCUCGAUCGAGGAGCGCAACCUCCUCUCCGUGGCUUACAAGAACGUCAUCGGCUCCCUCCGAGCCGCCUGGCGCAUCGUCAGCUCCAUCGAGCAGAAGGAGGAGGGGCGUAAGAACGACGACCACGUGGCGCUCGUCAAGGACUACAGAUCUAAGGUCGAGACCGAACUCACGCAGCUCUGCGCCAGAAUUUUGAAGCUCAUCGGCGACUAUCUGAUUCCGUCCGCCGUCUCCGGCGAGUCCAAGGUUUUCUAUCUGAAGAUGAAGGGCGAUUAUCACAGGUAUCUCGCCGAGUUUAAGGUUACCGGUGAGCGCAAGGAAGCUGCCGAGGAAACUAUGCUCGCUUACAAAGCCGCUCAGGAUAUCGCACUUGUUGAGCUUGCUCCGACACAUCCUAUACGAUUGGGCUUGGCGCUGAAUUUCUCAGUUUAUUAUUACGAAAUUCUAAAUGCAUCGGAAAAAGCUUGCAGCAUGGCCAAACAGGCUUUUGAGGAAGCUAUUGCUGAGCUGGACACUCUGGGCGAAGAGUCGUACAAGGAUAGCACUCUUAUCAUGCAACUUCUGAGAGAUAAUCUCACUCUUUGGACCUCUGAUAUGCAGGACCAGAUAGACGAAGCUUGAGCCUCGGGCUUUUCUCUGCUACUAGAGGAGGUGGGCUUGAAAUGUCAUUAAUCUGUUCUGGUAAUUUGCAUAUAGUAUAGCUCUGGAGAUGGUUUUAAUAUUUUGUACCGUGUUAUUCUGACACUUCUUUAAUCGAGACUAUUAGAAGCACACUAUGGAUUGUUUCAGAAUUCGCCUUUCAGUUUCGUCUGCUGCUGCUUAUAGAUUAAUUGUAGUGACAAGGGUAAAUUUCAUCGGUUUUUUCAGUCUUGGGUUUUAACUGUCUGUGAAAUAGCGAUUUCUAAGCUCUCUCUUUUAUUGUGGUGGACAAAUUCGAUUCGAUCUACUUUUCGUUUGGGAUGUGACGAUGGGUUAUUUUUUCUUAGCUUUUACUUCUUUUGGAAGUACUUUUGAGU